UUUUUUCGCCACCACGUGAUCAAAACACUGUCAUGGCGGCCUCCGCUGUACUCAGGACAAGCAUGGGACUGACUUUGUCGCUUUGUCGAGUUAACCCAAGGUGUAAUCUUUGCAAAAUCCACAUUUUAACAAGAUGUAGGUACGGUCUCACGGAGUCACUAAAGAUGCGUACAAAUAUCCGUUCUUGGACAAUGAGCAGGAGCAUUCAUACGUCCAACGGUUUGUAUCACAGCAAAAGCGAGAGGAUAGAUGAAGAGGACGAAGCUGAUGUGGUGAACGUGGUGUAUACAGACCGAUCGGGAAAGCGAAUCCCAGUUAAGGCCAGAGUCGGAGACAACAUACUGUACUUGGCUCACAAGCAUGGAAUUGAGUUAGAAGGAGCCUGUGAAGCCUCACUAGCCUGCUCCACGUGCCACGUAUAUGUGCAUCAAGAUUACCUUGAUAAGCUGCCUGAACCGCUGGAAAGGGAGGACGACAUGCUGGACAUGGCCCCCAUGCUGCAGGAGAACUCUCGGCUGGGCUGUCAGAUCAUUCUGACCCGCGAGAUGGACGGCCUUGAGGUGACUCUUCCCAAGAUCACCCGAAAUUUCUACGUGGACGGCCACGUGCCCGCGCCGCACUGAGGAGGGGAUGCCGAAAGGGAGCGGCGGCGGCGGCGUCUGAAAUUUGGGUGCGGAAGAUGGGGAGUACGGUGUUCUGGAGCACGAAGGUCCUGCAUCUUCCAGGGGGGACACAGACCCUCACUGGCGGCUGCUGUAGAGCCGACAAGGGGAAAACUUGGGUUAUACAUUCCUGAAGUUUACCUUGGGUAUACAUCUGUUUUUCAUGUCUGAGGCAGGGCAACGCUACAUAGUUCCUGUUUUGAAGAGGUGAUCAUUAAAGGUCAUUAAUGGUUGCUUGCUGAAAAAUGUACCCGUUGCCAUACAGAAGUCUGGAAUUAAGGAGCUGGACUGCUGGCAAGGCUUGGUUCUGAAGUGUAGCACUGCUAUCAUGUGCUUGAAUCUGAAUUACGGAGAUAAACGUUUAACUCUUUAAAUAGGUGGAACAUGAAAAAUUAAAAAGGGAAAUCGGCAAAGAAAAUAUAUUUUUGCAACCUAAAUUGGACUAAAGUUAUCUGGCAAACGGCAUUUCAAAAUUAAACCCAACUAAACUGAAGUAAUGAAGCUCAGACAUACCAAGUAAAAUCUUUGCACUUUGCUCCGAGACUCAUAAAUACUUGGUACGUCCAACCAUAUCCACUGCCUUGGAUACAUUUUUCAGUGAGCAAUCUAGUUUCCUUAAAUGGAACAUUCCAUGUUACAGCCAAGCACCAUACGCACAAAAUGAACACUGACCAUGUUUACAUAUUUAUAAUAUUCCAGAUACAUUGUUCUACUUGAAUUUCCAAAGAUUUAAGGUUAUAUUGGGGAUAAAAUAAAUCAGAUUUCUAAUCAUGAUAUGUCUAAAUAUAGGAAUACUUAUUUCAUAAGAUGCUGUUUAUUUAAAAAUUUGGGAUUCUUGGCAUAUAGAGAUUAGUAUGCAUGUCCAUCACAGAUAAUGUUUUGUGAUGCAUGCAAUGCUAGUGAUAGAUUUCAAGCUCUUUGAAGAGAUGGGCAGAUUUUGUACAAGACUGAAAUUUUAAAUUCAAUGCAUUUCUGUAACUGCUCCCCAUACCAGAGAAACAUUUUUACAUUGCCAUUAAUUCCAAAAUAGUCCAGUAAAUAGCAGUUAUGAAGUAUGCUGGCAUUAAACGGCGAAUUGGGAAUAUAAAUUGAAUUUAUUUUCAAAGUGCAGCUGGAUUUUAGAAUAUCUCCUGCAUGCAAACAUGGUCACAUUGCAAUACUGUGUCUUAGUGUAUGAGCUGAGCUCCUGUCUUAAUUGCAGCCUCAGCAACAUAUCAACUUGACAUUUCUUGCUGCUUUCAAACACUAGAUCUGAGGAUUGUCAGUUUUUAUUUUUAUUUAGUCUAGUUCUAGGUGCUGCAGCCCUCCUACACUUAUAGUAGAGAAGCUGCAGAGCUCACCUUCAAGACAGGAGUAAAUCUUUGCCAUUACUACUUUUACAAUGUCGUGAGGGCAGAAGGGAAGCCUUUAAGGUUGUUAGCCUAAACACGGUCAAUUCUCUGACUGGUUAUGAUGUGGAAAGGGGAGGCCUUGUGUGUCCUAUGGCAGUGGAUCCCAACCUCGGCCCUGGAGUACCCCUGUGUAUACUGGUUUGGGUUCCAAGCACAAAUGUAAUUCCAGAAUUAUAACAAGUUGUUAAUUUUUCUUAAUUAUGUGCUCUUCGUGUUUAGAGGGUUUUUUUACCGUCUUCUACCACAUUAUGUCAUAAAUAGCUGAGCAUUCCAUGAAGAAUAAAAUUCCCAUGUCCAUACUGUGCUUCUUGUGCUACAUUGCAAACAAUUACAUUAAAGGGUAAAUUAUUUUUAACAGAUCAAAUUAAAGACUGAGGUGAGUCAAUAGACUUCUAAUUGGGCAAAGUGUGGACACCUGGCCACUAAAACUAGCCAUCUGGAAGAUGAUGAAGAAUUAAGACAAAGCAAAUGAUAACAAGCCAAACCUGCAUUGUAUCAAUAAAUUUCAGGAAGUUAAACAUGUUUUGCUAUAUGUUCAGGGGUCUAUUGAUUAAUCUCAGUCUUUCAAUUGGUCCAAAAAGUGUGUUACCUCUUCUAUGUAAUUGGUUGCAAUAAAGCACAACAUGAACAUGGGAACUUUAUUGUUCAUGGCUAUUUCUGACAUGUGGCUUAAUGAUCCCUCUAAACAUGAAAAGCACCUAAUUAAGAAAAAUGAACUUGUUCAAAUUCUGGCAUUGCAAUUGUGGUUGGAACGAAAACCAGCAUACACAGGGGGUAACUCCAGGACUGAGGUUGGGAACCACUGUCCUAUGGCACGAAUAUCACAGCUCACAGGUGAUGUGCAAAGGGCAUUACUUCUUUUGUAAAAUUGGAAUUCAAUUUUAUUACGAGCUGGACUUCAGAAAGCCAUUGAAUCCAGUGGGGGCUGGACUGGAUGCUGCUACCCCCAAAGGUUAAAAAGGCACAUAAGUCAAGCAACUUCAAACUUGGGACCAUCUUCUCACUCUUGGAUAUCCAACUCCUCUACUGGCUGUAACUAAUCACCCCAGCACGCACAGCUUCAAAGACACUGUGAUCCAGUAUUAGUACGUCAAGGAAUUUCAAGUGAAUCCACCUUUGGAUUGCAUUAGUAUUACUUUUUCCUUCGAAAGGAAUGUCCAUAGCUAUUUUAAAUUGCGUUGGUUGUUGAGAAUGGUUAUACACGGUUACCUGGAUUGAUGCCGAACUGAUUUGCCUAUACACAGGCUUCACUUAAAUGUACUGUAUCAACCAUAAUGCACAAAUGUCAAUGCAUUAUGUACGCAAAUGCCAUAUUCACACCUUGGUGCAUUUAAGAAAUAAAAUUGUUGGAAAUCUUAAACGACUUCUUUAAUCAAAGUUGUAUCCAUGAGGUCGUCAC